UAGGCUAUGCCAGGCACAAACUAUGUUUUUAAGUAGGUUAGUAUGACUUAGAACGUAGCCUAAUGUUACAAAGUAUUUUGUUCAGUUUUAGCAUAACAGUGCAGUUACAUCGCCUAAUUGUUCAAAUAAUAGGCUUUUAGCAGAAAAAAGAUUUUGAUGCCGUGAAGAUGAGCAACAGUGAUAUAACACCGUCAACAUUUCUUCGGAAUCUCAAUCAUGGCACGCAUCAUAAACUGGCAGAUUUUUUGGACCCUGUCGACACAUGGAAGAGGAUUCUCGUCGACAUACAAAACAAAUCCACGGGUCAGCCGAGGUACACACAGUUACACUUCAGGAGGUUCGAGGGACUGAUGGCAAAAGGGAAAAGCCCAACAGUAGAACUACUCUACGACUGGGGCACAGCCAACGCGACUGUAGGUGAAUUGGUGGAUCUAUUAGUGAAGCACAAGUUAUUUGGUCCAGCUGAUCUUCUUCUUCCUGAUAUGGUUAGUAGUAGGCCAGUUGAAGCAGUGACUGGUCUUGUAGGCCUAUGCCAAAAAAAAGUGGCUCUGGAAAGUAGGCCUAGGCCAGAGGAAUCUGUUGAUCCAGGUUUCUCUAGGUUCUCCUACCAUGAGCUCAUGAAAAUCACAGGGAACUGGGAUGACCGCCCAACAUCCAUGGGAGGAAAUAAACUUGGGGAGGGGGGCUUUGGUAUUGUCUACAAAGGUUGCUUAAACAACACACAUGUGGCUGUGAAGAAACUCAACAUGAUGGAUGACAUCUCCCCAGAUGAGCUCCAGAUUCAGUUUAAUCAGGAGAUUCAAACUCUAAUGGUGUUAGAGCAUGAGAAUCUGGUAAACAUGGUUGGAUUUUCAUGUGAUACGGAACAUCCCUGUUUAGUGUAUGCAUACAUGCCUAAUGGAUCAUUGCUGGAUCGUUUGGCCUGCUUGGAUAACACCCCGCCUCUCUCAUGGCAUAGAAGAUAUAUAAUUGCUGUGGGAACAGCAAAAGGCCUGGAAUAUCUACACAGCAAUCAUCAUGUGCACAGAGAUGUCAAAAGUGCAAAUAUUUUGCUGGAUGAAAAACUUGUGUCAAAAAUUAGCGACUUUGGGCUGACACGAGCCUCAGCAAAGCGCACAUCCACCACAGUGAUGACCGAGAAGGUGGUCGGGACUACAGCCUACAUGGCACCCGAGGCCCUGAGGGGAGAGAUCACUCCUAAAUCAGACAUCUACAGCUUUGGAGUGGUGUUGCUGGAAAUAAUAUCUGGACUUCCACCAGUUGAUGAGGAACGAAAACCUAAAUUUCUAAUGGAGGUGAAAGAUGAGAUUGAAGAUGAGGAGAUGGAACUGGAAGACCUGGUAGAUAAGAAAAUGGACUCUGUGGACCUCUCCUCGGUGGAGAAGAUAUUUGGCCUGGCUUGCCACUGUCUUAAUGAUAAGAAGGGCAAGCGACCAAGCAUGGAAGAGGUGUUGAGAGUGCUGAAGGAUGAUGUCAUUGUGGACUGACAAAGCCAGCAAGAACUAAAAAUAUACAUCAAGUGGUGUAAUGUAAUCUGCCAUGGUGUUGGUGGCACCUUCAGUUUGUAAAUAAACAAAUAUAUGGUUUCAA